AUGAGACGGCAAGUACUGUUGUUUUUCUCGGUCCUGUGUCUCAGCUCAGUGCUCGGCCAGGUCAGCUACUCUAUCCCCGAGGAAAUGGCCAAAGGCUCUUUGGUCGGUAACAUAGCUCAGGAUUUAGGUUUGGAUGUUAAACGACUGCAAGCGCGUAGAGCUCGUAUUCACACAGGGGACAGUACCGAGUACAUUCAGCUUAACAAGGAAAAAGGACUCCUCGUUAUCAAAGAGAGAAUCGACCGGGAAGCUCUGUGUGGCCAGACAACGCCUUGCGCUUUGCAUUUUCAGAUUGCCUUAGAAAGCCCUAUAGAAAUAUUCCCGGUUACAAUACUGAUCCAGGACCAGAACGACAACCCCCCUCAGGUUCUGUACCCAGUCCAGACUGGUGGCUCUCUGGUGGCUGAAAUGGUGCCUCGUUCAGCAGAUGUGGCCUAUCUGGUCACUAAAGUGGUGGCUGUGGAUGUGGACUCUGGACAGAAUGCCUGGCUCUCCUAUAAACUGCAGAAAGCCACAGACAGGGCGCUGUUUGAAGUGGGCUCACAGAAUGGAGAAAUAAGAACCAUCCGCCAAGUCACUGAUAAAGACGCAGUGAAACAGAGACUGACUGUUAUAGUGGAGGACAACGGGCAGCCCUCUCGUUCAGCUACAGUCAUUGUUAACGUGGCGGUGGCGGACAGCUUCCCGGAAGUGCUGUCGGAGUUCACUGACUUUACGCACGACAGGGAGUACAACGACAACCUGACUUUUUACUUAGUGUUGGCUCUGGCUGUAGUUUCCUUCCUCUUCAUCACGUGUGUAGUGGUUAUUAUCUCAGUGAAAAUCUACAGAUGGAGACAGGCUCGCGUCCUGUAUCACUCCAACCUCCCUGUGAUUCCAUAUUAUCCACCACGUUACUCAGACACUUUGGGGACAGGGACUCUCCAGCACGUGUACAAUUACGAGGUGUGCAGGACGAAUGACUCCAGAAAGAGUGACUGUAAGUUCGGCGGAGCUGGUAGUCAGAACGUGCUGAUAAUGGACCCAGGUUCUGCAGGGACGAUGCAGCGGAUACAGAGUGAAAAGAGCAUCCUGGACGAACGAGACUCACCUCUAGAGAUAUCUGACGUGAAUGACAACGCACCUGUCUUUGAGAGGAGCUCAUAUGAAGCCAACAUUGUAGAAAACAACACACCAGGUCUCUCUGUAUUCACAGUGAAAGCCAGAGACGCUGACUGGAACCAGAAUGCCCGUGUUUCCUACAUACUGGAGGACUCAUCUGUUAACGGAGUGCCAGUCUCCUCGUAUGUGUCUGUUAGUGCUGAUAGUGGAGUCAUCCAUGCAGUGCGCUCUUUUGACUACGAGCAAAUCAAAGAUUUUCAGUUCCGUGUCAAAGCUCAGGAUGGAGGCUCUCCUCCACUCAGUAGUAAUGUGACUGUGAAAAUACUGAUCCAGGACCAGAACGACAACCCACCUCAGGUUCUGUACCCAGUCCAGACUGGUGGCUCUCUGGUGGCUGAAUUGGUGCCUCGUUCAGCAGAUGUGGGCUACCUGGUCACUAAAGUGGUGGCUGUUGAUGUGGACUCUGGACAGAAUGCCUGGCUCUCCUAUAAACUGCAGAAAGCCACAGACAGGGCGCUGUUUGAAGUGGGCUCAAAGAAUGGAGAAAUAAGAACUAUCCGCCAAGUCACUGAUAAAGACGCAGUGAAACAAAGACUGAGUGUUAUAGUGGAGGACAACGGGCAGCCCUCUCGUUCCGCUACAGUCGUUGUUAACGUGGCGGUGGCGGACAGCUUCCCGGAAGUGCUGUCGGAGUUCACUGACUUUACGCACGACAAGGAGUACAACGACAACCUGACUUUUUACUUAGUGCUGGCUCUGGCUGUAGUUUCCUUCCUCUUCAUCACGUGUGUAGUGGUUAUUAUCUCAGUGAAAAUCUACAGAUGGAGACAGUCUCGCGUCCUGUAUCACUCCAACCUCCCUGUGAUUCCAUAUUAUCCACCACGUUACUCAGACACUUUGGGGACAGGGACUCUCCAACACGUGUACAAUUACGAGGUGUGCAGGACGACUGACUCCAGAAAGAGUGACUGUAAGUUCGGCGGAGCUGGUGGUCAGAACGUGCUGAUAAUGGACCCCAGUGCUACAGGGACGAUGCAGCGGAUACAGAGUGAAAAGAGCAUCCUGGAUGAACCAGACUCUCCUCUUGAGACGUUAAAUGACAGUAGAUAUAUUGACUGA